AUGGAGGAGGUCUUGCGGAAGACAGAGAAUGAUCUUAAAGGUUUCUUUGUUUUAGAUCAGAUACACAACAUCCGGUAUCCGAUCAUUUUAAUAUAUGCCGACGAUAUCCUCAUCAUCGCUUGUAACAAGGAACAGUUGGAUAAGCUACUACCGGUACUAAAAAAACACCUGGAGGAGGUAAACCUGAAAUUGAAUGCUGCCAAAACGAAGAUUAUUGUGAGGACACCCACAGGUGAAGCUCCAGCUUCGAUGUCUGUGGAUGGAUGCACAUACGUAGUAUCGAUGGAAUUGGACUACUUGGGAGUGACAAUAACAGAUCGUCUAUGCCGUCGUAAAACAUCGAAAUCACGAUGCAUCAAAGCAAUAAGAUCUUCCAAAGCUGUCAUCGCCUUCGCUAAAGAGAAUCAACCUAGUGUGGAGAUUGGAAGUUUGUUAUAUAAAUCCAUUAUCUCGCCAACAAUGACGUAUGGAUCACAGGUGUCGGUCAUCACUAAGCAUACGCGGAAAUCCAUGCGAAAAUAUGAGAGGCAAAUCGUGGAAGAGCUGGCCAGUUGCUGCACGGAAAAGGACAGUACGCCAACCGGUGAACAGAUUUUAGGUGGAAAAACGGUCACCAAAAAGAUCAGGGCUCUGCAAAUGAGAUAUUGGGGGCAUAUAAUUAGGAUGGAGGAUAACCAUCUAUUAAAAUUAGCUGCAAAAUACAAGAAAAGCUACAGGAAGAGAGGGAGACCGUCAUUUACCUGGGUCGAUAUUAUUCGGCAAAAUGUAGAUAGGUUCGGUGAUCUAAGUUUGGGAGAAUGGGAAGAUUUGGCAAGAGAUAAGGAAAAGGUAACAAGGAAAAUAGAAGAAAUCUAUGAUAAACCUGAAUCAACGGAUUCUGACUAA